AUGGGCCAUCAUAAUCGUCACUUCGCUGGUGAUCCACACUCCUUGACAGGGGCCUGGAGCCCGCCGACUAGCGCUGCAAACUUCUGCGAGGAGGAUUAUGCUCUAACUCGUUAUAUCGCUGAGUUCAUCAACACACUUACCAACUUCACCUAUGUAUUUCUUGCUCUUAAAUACAUGUACGGCCCAGGAAGUCGGGGACUUCUCAAACCCAACUAUGACUUUAUGUCUGUAUCCCUUUUGAUUCUUGGCAUUUGCUCCUUCCUCUACCACGCCUCCCUCCGCCAAUACCUCCAAUUUGCCGACGACCUUUCCAUGCUCCUUCUGGGCUCGUCGAUGCUCCACGGCCUGUUAUCAGUCAGGCAAACACCCGCGCGGAUACGGAGAAACGCCGUUCUGCUCGCCAUCGUCACGGCUGGCUUUUCAGCAUUCUAUGUCCGGUCCGGCAAGAUCAUCUACCAUGUUCUGGCAUUUGCUACGCAGAUGGCCGCGAUUGGACUGCGCAGUUUAUACCUGUUUUAUUGGCUAGACCCGAGCCAAAAGUUCCCCCAGGACAAAAUCCGAGAUUGGAAAGUGAGACAAUGGCAGUCCAUCCUCAUCGCUCUCUUUGGCUAUUUGAUCUGGAAUAUCGAUCUCGAAUUCUGCGCGGAGCUCCGGACUCUUCGAGCUCAAAUCGGUUUGCCGUGGGCUUGGCUCCUUGAACUCCACGGAUGGUGGCACGUUUUGACAGCCAUUGGCGCCGAUCGUUUCAUGAAGAUUGUGAGGGAGAUGGACGCUGAGGAGCGGCUUGGGAAGGGAAAGGCGGUGGCUAAGAAGGCAGCGUAG